CUCUUCUGCGCCUCCGAACGCCUCCACGCUUCUCUCUAUCCCUCCGUCUCUCUCAUAACCAACUGGGUCAAAUCGCCUCCGACUCGAUUACAAGUAGAUAAGGCCUUAAAAGUCGUCUUCACGGGUCGGUCUGGCGAGGAGAAAGAGAGCGAAAUUGUGCUUGGGAAUACUGAAUUUAAGGACUUCGCGGUGGAGGUAUUUGCAGACACUGUCGUUUCGGGGGCUGUGAAAGAGCUGUUGAAGCGGGUUCCAUUGGGGGCUUUUGGGAUUGUUGGUGUUGGUGCGGUGGUGAAGCCCGGAAAGGAAUUGGUUGCGGCGGCAAUUGGUGCUUACGCGCUUGGUGUUGCCACUUCGCUAAAGCGUGUAGACAGCGGAAAACCACAAUAA